UGGCACUGGUCUUUUCGAGCUUGUUUAGACCCUUUUCGUCCUCCUCUCUUCGUCCGCCUUUCAGUUUGAUCAUCUCCCGCGCGCACCGAGAACACGGUGGACCCAGUCGCCGACGACUACUCACACCGGUCGGUUGCUGUUCAUUUUGAUGUGAGCCGUGUUUUGUUGGUUUUUCGGGAAAUUGUGAGUGUGUGCUUCGUGUUGUUCUAUUCGUUUCGCUAACCGAUCACCAGCGGCUCAUUACUGCAUACACUAUACUCAUGUGCUCCGGUUGAUUUCGAUAACUGUUUUAUAUUAUUGCCGACCACAUCAUCCAUCAAACACGGCCGAAACAACCUGCCCUACCUUUUUGGAAAGAAUUAAAACAAAACGCAAUUUUUUCAAAUCGAAACACACCUGACAUUUGAAAUUUGUCUUUGAGAACUCCGCCAAGUGAUUAUUAGACACGCAAAAAUAAAAUAAAAUAAAUUGUUGCACGCAAUUUGUGCGUAAAGAGGUGGUGAGCGUUGCGGAUUUCUUAAUUAUCGUAUUCUCCGUGUUCAGCGAGAUUUCACCGAUAAUUAAAUGCCUCAUCACGUUACUGUGCAAAGCAAAGGAGACCAUGACGACCGGAACUAGUUGACAAACAAGAGGCGCAUUUCUCUCCUCCUCCCCCUCCCCCCUUUUUUUUUUAUUUAUUUAUUUUUUUUUAUUUUCAUAUUUUCAUUAUAAAGGAUGUUUUCAUUCAUCGCAUCCUAUUAGUCUAUGAUAAAUUGCUUUGAUUCAAUAUUAUUUGAAUUAUCCCAAGAGGUGAAGUAAAAAAAAGAGAAUAGAAAAAAUUCAAAUUCGCCUUCAAAACAAAACAAAGUCAUCACCAGUCAAAAAAAAAAAAAAAUCAUCAUGUGUUCUUCAGCCAGUAGCGUCAACAAGCCGUCGCCACCUUCGCCGCCUUCCUCUUCCUCCUCUUCCGUUUCAUCGAUGGCGUCUUCCGUGCGGAGGUUGCGUUGCCUCGAGCCGGCCACUCACCUCGUCAACGGAGGCAUGGAAACCUUGUUUUUCAGAUUGGGCUACGUGGUUGGACGGCAUCCGUGGUUCACCAUCGGUCUCUGUCUGCUGCUCAUCGUGACGUUGGGUGGGGGUCUAUUCUUCUGGGUCGAGGAACACGACAGCGUUGCCUUAUGGUCCACUUACGACUCGGUGGCUCGACGCAAUUCCGAAUGGGUCAAUCGACAUUUUAGCGACGACGUCCGCUAUGAAUCCGUCAUCGUCGCAGCCGAGCGCAACAUCCUCAGACCCGACGUCCUUGUCCUGUUGGCCGAAAUGGAUUUGGCAGUCAGAAAUCUCAGCACAGCCGACGGUCAUCAAUGGACGAAUUUAUGCUUCAGGUUCGGAACGACGUUGAAGAAACACGAACACAACAACAGCCCAAACAGGAGACGACGUCGACGACACAUUUCAAAGAACGACACUUACACGUCGUUAGCAACGAGCGUUAAUCAUCAUCCUCAUUAUGCAGCCAGUGACAUCGCUAAUGGCCACAGUAGCACGGAAAUUGCCGAACAAGAAGAUGAAUGGGAUGUUGGCGAUCUGUCCAAAUUGGAUUUCAGUCAAGUGUUUGCCGAUGACGAGGCCGAUUACGAUUCGUCUUUAUCGGCAAGUGGUGGACUAGGUGGAGGAGGAUUUCUAGGAAGAAGAGCACAACAUUUGGUUAACUUACUAGCACAGCCUGACGAUUGCUUAGUGCGCAAUAUCCUCCAGAUUUGGGACUCGGAUUUGGAACGAAUCAAGUCACUGGAUCAACGCCAAAUCCUAGCUGACAUCAAUGCCGCUCUACUUCGAGGGAAUGACCAAGGUGAUCCAGUCAAUUCGCUGGAAUUUCUACUGUCGGAUGUCCGACGUGACGUCAAUGGCAGCGUUUACCACGUCGGUGCCACUAUGAUGACCUGGUUGCUGGACAACAACCCACAGAAUGCCAGCGUUUACACGUUGUGGGAAAAGGAUUUCAUUCACCAGACGCUGCACAGCAAUUUGACUAAACCCGAUGACGUCCGAUUGUAUUCACUGGCAUCGAGCAGUUACGUGGAGGGCAUAGCCGAAGCUGUUACCAGCAACUUUACAGUUUUGAUGAUGGGUUUCUCGCUCAUUAUCUUUUACUUCAGCUUCGCUAUGGGUCGUUUCAAUUGGAUCGAACAAAGGGUGGUCCUGUCCAUCGUAGGUGUUUCAGUCGUCGCCCAGGCCAUUUUGGCUUCUUACGGCCUUUGUUUCUACCUGGGUGUCCAAUAUGGACCCAUUCAUCCCAUUAUACCGUUCUUGUUACUCGGCAUUGGAGUUGAUGACAUGUUUGUCAUCAUCCAGGCCCUGGAUAAUUUAUCGAAUGAGGAAAAACAAUUGCCUAUUCCCGAACGGAUGGCUCGAGCUAUGAAACACGCUGGAGUUUCUAUUACAGUGACAUCCGUGACGGACAUUGCGGCCUUCGCCAUUGGAGCCACCACCAGUAUGCCGGCACUCCGAUCGUUUUGCAUUAACGCCAUGUCGGGCAUCUUGAUGCUGUUCGUCUUGGAAGUGACGUUCUUCGUCGCCCUGACAGUGCUGGAUGAACGACGCAAAGCUCGUCACAGCAUCGGCUGCUGCUUCCGCCCUAAAGCGGAUGACUGGAAACCAGCGCCAUGCUCGCAGCGUGAUUUGCUCAAAUUGUUUUUCGAACGCUUCUACGGUCCUUUCCUGCUACGUACACCCGUCAAGGUCUUCGUGCUUAUCGUAACAGCAGCCCUCGUCUCCGUUAACAUCUGGGGCAUCUUUCAGCUGGAACAAAACUUUGACCCCAAUUGGUACCUCAACGAACACUCUUACCCGUCGGAAUACUUCAACGCCAUGAGGCUCUACUUUCCCGAAAGCGGCGAACGGGCCUCCGUCUACACCGGGAAGAUCGACUACAUAGGUCAACGAGACCAGCUAAACCGGAUGACUGAGCUGCUGAGAACCAACCCGUUCAUCCACCCGAACUCGGUCAACUUUUGGUACGACGACUUUCAAAACUGGCUCAACCGAACCAGACAAGUCGAUUUUCCCGACGAUGAGCCGCUUUUCAAGGAGCUCGUGCAAGAAUAUCUCUUCAGCCCCGAGGGCUGCCACCACCUGCAAGACAUCAAAGUGGAAGGCAGCAUUCUCGAUCUCGAAGGCAACUUCAACAUCACCGGUUCAAGAGCUCGUUUUCACCACUUGUCGCUGAAAAAUGCGUCGGCCAAGAACAAGGCGUUAGAGUCCAUCACGUCGCUGUCGAAUGCCAUCAUCUUCGGUGACGCGGCUGACUUGUCUAGUCCCAUCAUUUUCACGCACAGUUACAUCGAAUGGGAAGCUAAUCGAGUGAUCAGUAGCGAAUUGAUCCGCAACCUGUGCCUGACGAUGGCGGCCGUUGUGAGCGUGACGUUGAUUCUCAUCUCGGACUUGGUGACCGUCUUUUGGGUCUUCACGUGCAUCGCUUUCACGCUGAUUGACCUGCUCGGUCUCAUGUACUUUUGGGGCCUGACGGUGGAGAUCUCCUCGUCCAUCAUCGUCAUUCAGGCCACUGGAUUGGCGAUCGACUACUCGGCCCACAUCGGGCACACUUUCACCACCAUCCGCGGAUCCAAAUCUAGCCGUGCCAAAGCGACGUUGACCCGAAUGGGACCAGCCGUCUGGAAUGGAGGAUUCUCCACUUUCCUGGCCUUCGUCCUGCUCGUCAACACGGAAUCGCACAUAUUCACGACUUUCUUCAAGCUCUUCUUCGGCGUUGUCGUCUUUGGUCUAUUUCACGGACUGGCCUACCUUCCCGUCGUGUUGAGCUGUUUGGGACCGGACGAGUCGGGCGGUUCGGGUAGCGGUGCGGCUAGCGGAUCUAGUGACUCUAUAUCAACAGAGUUCUCAUCAUCGCCGUCUUCCAACUCGUCCGAUUCAUCCGCUUCGACGCCCAUCCAGAAAAAGCAAUCAUCCAUUUCGGCUCUGGCUCUCGAAAAUCCCAUAUUCAUAUCUGACAUUCAGAUUGUUUGUUACCCGAAUUUGCAUCCGCUGGACAUCAUGAACGGUCAGAAGAACAACAACGCGUGGAAGAAUAGCCGCGCAGUUGGGGGAUUAGUUGAGCCGCCACAACAAUUGCAACAACAGCCGCCCAAUAAAGUACCAUACAUUCCGCAGCCGGAUUACACUCCGCUACCUACCCGCCGGAUGGACUCGGUCGGACAAAUUGGGCAGAGGACUCCACUUGGUUUACUUACAGCUGUCCAACAGUCCAAAAGCAAGACCAAAGAUGUCGGUCGAAGCAACAGCAGCGUCGUCAUUUUAGCGUCGAGUAACAUCGGCCCACCUGCGGAUGCUUGUCGCAACACAAUCCCACGCGUUGCGGAAGAGAGGCGAGUGAAAACCGCUCCGAUCACUGCAAUUGCGAACAGUGGACCAAGUGUGUCGAUUGCGGCCGUCGAAGAAACCGCCGAAUCGCAAUCUUCGGCGUCUCUACCCGUCGAGCGGGUGUGGAAUCAUCCGCAGUGGCAUUCGAGCCAAUUCCUGGCCAACGAUUGGAGUGCGGCACUGAUGAAGCGAUUGUCGGUCGAGGCGCAAAGCCAUCGCGAGGAGAAAAUCCUUCGAGAGGCCAACAAAGAAUUGGAGCGCUUCGAGUCCGAGAUCGAGUCGUAUUUGGAGGAUGUGGAAGAAGAGGAAGAAGCGGAAGAAACAUUACCAAGUGCAUCGGUGACCAUUGACGAGGGCCAAGACAAUUGUAUUAAUACGCCCGUCAGUUGGUCAGCAUCGCGUCCUGCAAGCCCGGCAUUGGCGCUUAGUUCCUCGCCCCAACGAGUUUAUCAAAAGCAGGAGCAACACGUUAGCGCUAAUGCCGUAGCUGCUUCCUCUUCCUUUUCUUCGUCAGUUUCCAGUUUGGAACGAAAGCAGCAGAACGAGCUCGAACGAAGAAAGCCGACGCUCACGACGUGAUCGCCAUCAGAUUCAAGCCUGAAUGCCGGUUGCGUAUGCAUCAACUCGUACAUAAAACAUACAAUAGAUGUCCUGUUUUUCUACCCAGGCGACGCUCAACGCCACAUUACGGCGCCUUCUUCUGAAUUUAUUCAUUUGUUUUAUUAUUAUUACCCUUUUUUUUUUUCUUGUUUCAAAAAUUGAUAACACAGCAUCCAUCCAUAUUACUGCGCCUUUAUUAUAAUUAUUUUUUUAACCGCACACCCACACACCCGUGUCGCUCGUUGAAAUUGUUUGAUAAUAUUAUAUUAUACAGUACCAUUAUCUUUUAUAAUCCGAACAAUAUUAAUAAUUUUAUGAAAUAGUAUCGCGUCAUUUUAGUGAAUUGCAUUUUCUUGUGCAUUUUUUUUUUUUUUUCAUUUUUGUAUUGUGAUUGAGUGAAUGUGUGAAAUUGAACCGCAAGUUGGGCCCGGUAGUCGUCGUCGUUCAAAUUUUGAAUUGUAGAUUAAUUCAAAAUAACAAAAAUUAGAAAAGAAAAGAGAAAAGACGAAAAAAACAAAACAAAACAAAUACAAAAACAAAAUACGAGAAGAUUAAAAGACCUGAACUAAAACGAAACCUUGCCGAGGGUUUAUUAUGUAUUGCUGACUGACUAAUCACUUGUUUGGCAGUAUAUAGUGAUUCACCCCAUUUGUUUCCUUUUGAUUCUUGUUAUCUUAUUGCAUUCUUGACAUUCUUUGGCGUACUUUUCUGCCAGCCACACGACGACACCGAUCAUUCCAAAUAUUUCGUGGGGAUAAAUGCUGUUCACUGUGUUCUGUACUUUUGUUUAUUUGUUUGUUUUUUUUCCCUCCCAGAUUUUCCAUCGUAUAUUUCCCCAUGCGUGCCGUAGUCGUGAAGUGUAUAUGAUACCAGAGAGAUAAAAUUGCGUGUGUAUUUAAGACAAGCAAAUAAGCGUCGCGUGCGUUCCACACCAUUCCACCAUGUUGAUGGCCCCCUUUUUUCUUUCAUGAUGUGGAACUCGACUCUUAUUUCCGAUGGUUUUUUGCUUCUACCCUACAAGUGCUGUCAUCUAAAAUUUUUUUUUAUCUGUGUGAGACUCUUUAUCAUCGUGCCUUGUUUUCUCCAUCUGUCCAUUUUCCUUGUUUUCAUUAUCGACCUACCUAUUUCACCUCAUCGUCUAUUUUCUCUUGUAACUUCUGAUCAAAUUUUUUUUACACACUUUCUCUGUCUCCAGCUAAUGCAGCUCAUCUUACUUUGAUUGUGGUCAAAAUGUGUAGCAUUUUAUUGGGAUCGGCUUGGCUGGCCAGCAAAGUGCUUCUGCUCCAAUGAUUCGUUUCUGUUUGUUAUUUUUUUCCCCCAAAGCAUUCGAGCAUUACAAAGUGUUUGCUCCCAUAAAAA